AUGGACUUCACAUACGGUUUAUCUCAGCCCAAUAUAAUUCAUAGUGGCAAAGGGGCAAGUUGCAGGGAACUGAAACAAUUGAAUUUAUCUACCGGCUCGAAAUGUAAUGAUUUUCACUGGAAAUUUAUUGGUAAUCCAAGACCAGUGUCAAAAGCACGUUCCUCAAAGAAGUUGAAAAUAUGUAAUGCAUAUUCCGGUAGUACUACCCGUUCGAGAAUACUUAUCAAAGGCAAUUGUCAUUUAUGGUGUUAUGGUUAUGAUGAUUCUUCAAUUUAUAACCAUGGCAAUACUUUUAAAAUGUCAAAGCAUGCGGUUCUGUUGCGGUGUCAGGGAAAUGAUUCAGUAUCUAAUAUAAAUGGCACUGGUAGAGAUGUAGAAAUAUUUGAGAGUGGUAAUAAUGAGGUUAGCCUCGAGUCCAAUGGUUCAAAAGUAGUAUUUGACGACAGUAAAGUAGAAGAAGUUGAGACUCCUAGUUUGGACAAAUUGAGGGAAUUGCUGCAGAAGGCAAUGAAGGAUUUGGAAGUUGCACGGCUAAACAGUACAGUGUUUGAGGAAAAAGCUCAAAGGAUUUCAGAAGCUGCCAUAGCAUUGAAGGACGAUGCAGCAAAUGCUUGGAGUGAUGCUAAUACUGCCCUUAGUAAUAUUCAAGAGAUUGUUAAUGAAGAGGCUAUAGCUAAAGAAGGUGUUCAGAAAGCAACGGCGUCCCUUUCUUUGGCUGAGGCAAGACUCCAAGGCGCAGUUGGUUCAUUGAAAAUUGCAAAAGAAAAUAAUGGUUCUCCAAUAGCUUCUAAAGAAGGAACUUUAGAAUGUGAAAAUGGAGGGGAAGAAUCACAUCAAUUGAGUGAAGAGGAGAAAGCACUCUUAUCGGCUCAGGAGGACAUAAGUGAAUGUCAAAAUCAGUUAGAAAUUUGUGAGGCUAAACUGAGAAGGGUGCAAUACAGGAAAGAGGAAUUGCAAAGGGAAGUGGACAGGUUGAAUAAGGUUGCACAGCAAGCAGAAAUGAAUGCUUUGAAGGCAGAAGAAGAUGUGGCAAACAUAAUGCUUUUAGCAGAGCAAGCUGUUGCUUAUGAACUUGAGGCUGCACAAUGCGUUAAUGAUGCUGAGCUUGCAUUACAAAGAGCUGAUAAAAAUCUUGCUAUUUCCAAAGUUGAUGCCGCAGAAACGACAGUUGAGGCUACUGCUGUUGAGGAGGUAAGUGAAGCAAAUACAGCAGAUCGCUUUGUUGAUAAAGAUUGGGAGAUGCCAGGUGAGGUUGCCCAGCUUCUUGAACUCUUACCAGAGAGUCAGUCCGAUGAGUCAAGCCUGUCAGAAGAGAGUGACCAAGAGAAUGGAAAACUAUCUUUAGAGCCAUUGCAAAACAUCGAAGGGGAUGGAGAAAAGUUAAAAACUCAAAGUAAAAAACAGGAAAUUCAAAAGGAACCAACACGGGAGAGUUCACCUUUAAGUGCUCCAAAAGCAUUACUGAAGAAAUCAUCACGGUUCUUUUCUGCGUCAUUCUUCUCUUUUAAUGCAGACGAGGAUGAAUUCACGCCAUCUUCAGUUUUCCAUAGUCUUAUGGAGUCUGCUAGGCAUCAAUUACCAAAAUUGGUGUUUGGGUCACUACUUAUUGGAGCAGGAAUUGCUUUUUGUGUCAACCGAGGUGAAAGAUUUGGUCUGCAAUUUCAGCAGCUGGACAUUGUCUCCACGAGUAUUGAUGAAGUAUCAUCUAGUGCGAAGCCUCUAGUGCGACAAAUAAGAGAAUUUCCCAAGAAAAUAAAAAAACUAACAGAGAUGAUUCCUCAUCAAGAGAUUAAUGAGGAAGAAGCCUCCCUCUUUGACAUGCUGUGGUUACUGCUUGCAAGUGUUAUAUUUGUUCCCAUUUUUCAGAAAAUUCCUGGAGGCAGCCCUGUUCUUGGAUAUUUGGCUGCUGGAAUCUUAAUUGGACCAUACGGUGUUUCUAUCAUCCGUCAUGUACAUGGGACUAAGGCAAUAGCUGAGUUUGGAGUGGUUUUCUUGCUAUUCAAUAUUGGUCUUGAGCUCUCAGUUGAGAGGCUGAGUUCCAUGAAGAAAUAUGUUUUUGGAUUGGGCUCCGCUCAGGUCCUGGCAACAGCUGUGGUGGUUGGCUUGGUUACUCAUUUUGUAGCUGGACUGCCGGGCCCUGCUGCAAUUGUCAUUGGUAAUGGCCUUGCACUAUCGUCCACUGCUGUUGUACUCCAGGUUUUGCAGGAACGUGGAGAGAGCACAUCACGUCACGGACGAGCUACAUUUUCAGUGUUACUUUUCCAGGACUUGGCUGUGGUGGUUUUGCUCAUACUGAUACCGCUUAUUUCACCAAAUUCGUCCAAAGGAGGGGUUGGUUUUCAAGCCAUUGCUGAAGCUCUUGGAUUGGCUGCUGUGAAGGCAAUUGUUGCCAUCACUGCCAUAAUUGCAGGAGGCCGCUUGCUGCUUCGGCCAAUAUAUAAGCAAAUUGCAGAGAAUCAAAAUGCAGAAAUAUUUUCUGCAAAUACUCUUCUCGUUAUUUUAGGGACUAGUCUCCUAACUGCCAGGGCUGGCCUUUCCAUGGCUUUGGGAGCUUUUUUGGCUGGUUUGCUUCUAGCAGAAACCGAAUUUUCAUUGCAGGUUGAAUCAGAUAUUGCACCGUAUCGUGGCCUUCUAUUGGGUCUAUUCUUCAUGACGGUCGGAAUGUCUAUCGAUCCAAAACUUCUAGUUACAAACUUUCCUGUUGUUACAGGAUCAUUAGCACUUCUAAUUGCUGGAAAAACUAUCUUGAUUGCAUUAAUUGGAAGACUUUUUGGUAUUUCAACUGUGUCAGCGAUAAGACUUGGUCUUCUUCUUGCACCCGGCGGAGAAUUUGCAUUUGUAGCUUUUGGUGAAGCUGUUAAUCAGGGUAUAAUGACUUCGCAGCUGUCGUCUUUGCUGUUUCUUGUGGUCGGAAUAUCAAUGGCUCUUACUCCAUAUUUAGCUGCUGGAGGCCAAUUAAUAGCCUCUCGCUUUGAGCUACAUGAUGUCCGAAGCCUAUUGCCAAUGGAAAGUGAGACAGAUGAUUUGCAAGAUCAUAUAAUUAUAUGUGGAUUUGGACGUGUUGGCCAGAUUAUUGCCCAGCUUCUUUCUGAAAGGCUGAUUCCAUUUGUUGCACUUGAUGUGAGGAGUGAUCGAGUUGCAAUUGGGCGCGCACUUGACCUUCCUGUGUAUUUCGGCGAUGCUGGUAGUCAAGAGGUCCUCCAUAAAGUAGGUGCUGAACGAGCAUGUGCUGCAGCAAUAACUUUAGACUCUCCUGGUGCAAAUUACAGAACUGUAUGGGCUCUGAGCAAGUAUUUUCCCAAUGUGAAAACAUUUGUUCGUGCUCAUGAUGUUGAUCAUGGCCUUAAUUUAGAAAAGGCUGGUGCAUCAGCGGUUGUUCCAGAGACCUUGGAACCAAGUUUGCAGUUAGCAGCUGCUGUGCUUGCACAAGCUAAACUACCGACAUCAGAGAUAGCUGCAACAAUUAACGAUUUUAGAUCCCGCCAUCUCUCUGAGCUUACAGAGCUCUGUGAAACGACUGGAAGCUCUCUUGGUUAUGGUUUUUCUCGAAUGAUGAGCAGGCCUAAGUCUCAGCCUCCAGAUUCCCCAGAUGAGAACCAAGUUAGUGAAGGAACUCUAGCAAUUUAA